AUUGUUGAAGGUCCUUUUAGUGGUGAGUAGCAUUAUUGUUCUGGCCAAGCAGCAGAACGAUGGGGUUCAAGCUCAACAACAUCGCGCACAUCUUCGCGCUGUUGUGCGCGAUCAACAUGCUUAACUACAUCGACAGAGGCAUCAUCCCUGGCGCCCCCGUGGAGUUCCAGGCGUUUGUCCAAGAGACUGUCGAGAAGCAGGACCUGUCCGCUGGGACGAUCCCCGCCGACCACAGCAACGUCAGCACGUACAUCGGUCUCCUCGUGUCUGCCUUCAUCGCGUCCUACUCUGUCUUCAUCUGCAUCUUCGGCUACAUGAGCAUGACCCGUCGUCCGUUCCUCCUCUCCGCCAUCGGGCUCUUCAUCUGGGUCAUCGCCAUCGUUCUGUGUGGCCUCGCCAAACCGCUCAAGAGUUUCUAUGUACUUCUCAUCGGUCGAUUACUCAGUGGCAUCGGCGAGUCGUCGUUCCACGCGACCACUCCGCCCUUCAUCGACGAAUUUGCGCCCCCCAAGUCUCGAACGUUGUGGCUCGGCAUCUUUUACUGCGGCAUCUCAGUCGGCACGGCGCUCGGGUACACGUACGGCGGCCUCAUGGCCAAGAUCUGGGACUGGGGGUUCUACCUCACGGCCAUCGUCAUGUUUCCCAUGGCGUAUGCGUGCUGGCAGUGGAUUCCUCUGCAUUACGACUACCCGUUGGCUCACAACGAGGACGCGGCCGACCACCUCCAGAACCGCAACAGCCUCAUGGGUCCUGGAGCGUUCAACCAGGCUGAGAUCCACGCCGAAGUGGCCAAGGAAGCGUCCGCUCUGGACAAGUCCCCGUCCGUACUGGCCGAGAUGUUUGGCAUCGUGAAGGACCCCAUGUUCAUCACCGCCACUCUGGGUGUGGCGGCGUAUUCGUUCACAUUAGCCGGCAUGGGCGCAUUUGCCCCAGCUAUUUUGAUCGGAUAUGGUAUUUUGAACGAAUCCAUCGCGUCCACAGCAUUUGGCGGUAUCGCCGUCCUCUCCGGCAUCAUCGGGUCGCCCUUAGGUGGAUGGCUCAUCGAUUACCAGAGCCGCGGCCACGAAGACGACGAAACAUUCCGUCUGUACGUGGCCGCGCGGCAGAUGAUUGUGUUUAUGAGCAUCGGCGUGGGCUUUGCGUUCCUGUCGCUGUUCUUCAUGGACAACUCGAUCGCGUUCCUCGGGUGUCUUCUGCUUGCGCUCACGUUUGUGUUUACGACCCAAUCUGCCCAGACGCUGGUGAUUCUGUACAGCGUGUCCAAGCACCGGCGGGGGUUUGCCAUGGGAUUGAACACGUUUCUGCUGCACUUGGUCGGGGACGUGCCGUCGCCCGUCAUCCUCGGCGCGCUCAAAGACAAGUGGGCGCCCAACUGCGGCAGCGUCUACAACGAACUGGACGAGGCCAAACUCAACCCCAAGUGCUCCCAGGACAAGGACGGACUGCGCAAUGUGCUGUUCUUCUCGUACGCGUGGCUGCUCUGGGCUGUGCUCACGUGGGCCGCGUCGUUCCUGAUUGCCCGCUACCGCCUCAACCACCGCAACACCAAGAGCCAAGAUGUCGAAACCCCCGUCGUCACAUAAAACGUUAGGUUUUUUAAUAUGUAGUCGGGCCAUAUUAUUGUCAUUUUACCCAAAAUUUGGAGUCUGGAUUUUUCACUAGUAGUAUCCGACUAAAAAAAGGAGUGUAAUGACAUGUGGCAUG